GUUUUGCGGUAAUUUUGCUUGUUUGUGUCUGUCCGUGGCAUUGAUUUAAAUUUGUGGUUUACGUUUAUUAACAGUAAAAUAAUGGCGUAAUCAUUCAUUUCAUAUGGUAUAAAAAGUAAAAAAAUACAGUAUGUAACGUAAUUUGUUCACGUUUAAUGAGAACUAACCUCAAAGUUUGCCAUGUUGAAAGAUUCAUUUAUAAUUUCCGACGCCUGUAUUGCAUGCAACAAGUAUGGCAGAAGGGGGUGGGGAAAUUCUUGAGGGCUUCCUCUGUCCAAUUUGUAAAGUUGAUCUUGGUACUGCUGUCCAACUUCAUGCACAUUUCCAAGAACACACAGAAGACCAGGAUGUACUUAAAUCACUUAAAGAUCUGUUGGGUAAAGCAAAGAAAAAGAUUUUGAAGUUAGAUGAAGAAAUUUUCUCUACUGAAUGUGAGGAACAGGCCAGAGCUUCGUCUGCUAGUCACCUUAUGUCAUCUUACAAUCCUGUGAAUUUUGAACCUCAAGAAAUUGGAGCAACUCGAAAUUAUACUUCAUCAUUCCGAGCUCUUAGGAACAGUCGUAUGGAGCGCUAUGCUGCAGAGACCAACAAACUUUUGAUAAGACUUGAUAAGCUACUUGUGGAUUUACCAACAGAUCCUGUUAAAAGAAAAGCCUACGAGCAAGCAGUUGUGCCCUGGAUUGAUGACAGAGAUGUUAAACUGUGUCCAACAUGUGCCAAACACUUUCACGUUGCUCGUCGGAAACAUCACUGUCGGCUUUGUGGCGCAAUCAUGUGCCAUGACUGUACGCAGUUCCUUCCGCUAUCACUCGCCAAGAAAAUGACAAACCCUGCAUUUGGACAUCAGGAGAGCGGAAGUACUAGAAUAUCCAUCGCUGCAAGCUUUUCACCUGGUGCUGUCAGUUUACCCACUCCCAAUUUGGGACUUUUACGUAGAAGUAACUCGAGUACGAGCCUGAACUCAGUGUUGUCACUAGUUGAUACAAUUACAGGAGAACAACACUUCAGACUGUGUAUUCAUUGCAAGCAGCUUCUGGACACCCACGAAAAACUGAAGGAGAGUCGGACAUUGAAACCAAUAAUUAGCCAGUUCUAUGAGAGGUUAAGGUCCUAUCAGAUGGAGGCAGAUCAAUUGGCUGUUAUGUACAACAAUAUGUGCCAGUCUCUCAACUGUGGUGAAUCAACUUACAACCUUAUGAACGCUCAAGUAGUACGUGUAAAACUGCUUAAACUUGCAGAAAGCAUCGACUCAUUGAGCAACAAGAUAGCCAUCCUAGGGACUAAGGAUGUUGAGAACCCACCCCGCGGGAAAAGUCUUCAGUUGCAACAUAUGAUUAGGACUGCAGCCACAAGCUACCUCAGGGAACAAUUGGUAGCACUUCCAACAUUACCAACUGAGGCUCAGUUAAAAGCUCUCCAGAAUCAAAGAAGACAAGAGGUUUCUGCACGUAUUCAGCAAGAGAAACAGUUGGCAGCCCUAGAAGCACAUCAGGCAGAGAUGCAACGGAAGAGAGAUUCUCCCCAACGCAAAGAUAUUCAUCGUAGCUCCUCGCCUGGUCAGCAUAAGUCCGCAGAUCAGGUUAUGUCUGAUACAGGCUGGGGCCCAGAAGCUGCCCAGAUGUUUGAUUCGGAGGAUCCGAUGAUCCAGCAGAUGAAUAUUAUUCGCAACUACAUAAAGCAAGCGAGAGCAGCUCAUAAAUAUGAUGAAGUCGCAACAUUAGAGCAGAACCUUAAAGAGUUGAAGGAAGAGUACUGGAGACAGCAGCAAGUAUGUGACGAGCCUUAAGUGACAAGCAUCAUGAAACACACACAGAGAGACAGUGUUUUGGCCUACAGUUAUAAUUUGGACACUGAAGUAUACCAUUGUUAAUGGUCAUAUUGAAAAAGAUUAGUCAUGAAGACAUGAAAUUUAUUUAAGGAUGAAUGAAGGUUUGUUAAAUGAUAUUUGUAUUGUCUGCAUUUAUUAUAUGGAGUGAUUUAUUUGUUUUUAUAUUGCAAAUAUAUAUUAUUUAUUAUAUAUGAAGUGACAUAUUUAAAAUAUGAAAUGUCACUAAUAAUUUUAUUGCAUAUUUUGUGCAUUUUUUCCAUGUCUGUAACAUUUCUUAUUAAUGUACUUGAAAUUUGCACGUUGAUUUAGCAGCAUGGCAAAGAGAAUAAUUAAACUGCAUAAGAAAGACA